AUGAGGUUCUGGCGGAGAGGCUUGGUCCUCCAGGCUCUGAAGAGUUCCUGGGGCAUCUGUAGGAUUCACAGGCAGCCACCACCUCCACCUGUCCCCAAGGUCGUGGCCACCUGGGAAGCCAUCAGCCUGGGGAAGCAGCCGGUACCUGAGUACUUCAACUUUGCUCAUGAUGUGCUGGAUGAGUGGAGUCGGCUGGAAAAGGCAGGACACAGACCCCCAAAUCCUGCGUUCUGGUGGGUGAAUGGCUCAGGAGCAGAAGUCAAGUGGACCUUUGAGGAGCUGGGGAAGCAGUCCAGGAAGGCAGCCAAUGUCUUAGAGGGUGUGUGUGGCCUGCAACCUGGAGACAGAAUGAUGCUGGUGCUUCCACGCCUCCCAGAUUGGUGGCUGAUCAGCGUGGCUUGUAUUCGAACAGGUGUGGUCAUGAUCCCAGGUGUCUCCCAGCUGACAUCGAAGGAUCUCAAGUACCGGCUGCUGGCAUCCAGGGCCAAGUCCAUCAUCACCAGUGAUGCCCUAGCUCCGAAAGUGGACGCCAUCAGUGCUGACUGCCCCUCCCUCCAAACCAAGCUUCUUGUGUCUGACACCAGUCGUCCAGGCUGGAUCAAUUUCCGGGAACUCCUUCGGUAA